CAAUUCUCAUUGUAUCACAUUUCACCUUCUUUCUCUGCAAUCUUCAAAUCUAGGGUUAGGGUUAGUUUUUUUGGAAAGAGAAAAAAAGAUGAGUUCAGGUGCUGGAGCAGGCAAGGGCGGCGCUGGAAGAGGAAAGCCGAAGUCGUCGAAAUCGGUUUCCCGAUCUUCGAAAGCUGGGCUUCAGUUUCCGGUGGGGAGGAUUGCGAGGUUUCUGAAGGCUGGGAAGUAUGCGGAAAGAGUUGGUGCUGGUGCUCCUGUGUAUCUCUCUGCUGUGCUUGAGUAUCUCGCUGCUGAGGUGUUGGAGUUAGCUGGGAAUGCUGCUAGGGACAACAAGAAGAAUCGCAUUGUGCCUAGGCACAUUCAGCUAGCCGUUAGGAAUGAUGAGGAGCUUAGCAAGCUGUUGGGCCAUGUGACCAUUGCUAAUGGUGGUGUUCUGCCGAACAUUCACCAGAAUCUGUUGCCUAAGAAGGCUGGCUCUGGAAAGGGUGACAUUGGCUCUGCAUCUCAGGAGUUUUAGAUGUAUAUCUGGCUUGUGUUUUGGGUAAGGAUUAGGAGAAUGGAGUUAAACAUGGUUUAUGUAAUAUAGACAAAUACCCCUUUUGUAUUUUGUUAUUCAAUGGUAUGAAAUGGAAAAGGGCAGUAGCCACCUGCAGUUUUGGUUAA